CUCUAGGCAGCCUUUACAUAGCAGUAAGAUGUUAGCUAAUCGCAAUACCUUUUUUUGUUUUUUGUCCCCCCGUUUUUGUAAACGCUUAUCGACUAUGGUAACCCUGAAGAGAAUCAGAUACGAUAGGCUGUGAUGCAUGUGUGAUUAUAUAAGAAAGCCCAGUUUGCUGCAUGCUAGCUGACGUUAGCCAGAAUUGUUGAGCUCUCUUUGGUGGAUACGAGCGUGUUGCACCCAACGUUACCUUGGUUAGAGAUAAACAGUCAAGCCGGUUUUAAUGUACUGAUUCAUGCGAAUAACAUUUCAGCGUCGAUAUGAUCCUGUCUCGUGUGAAGCCAGCCGUGGGAGGAGAGCCACAACUCGGUGUCAAUGAGAAAAAGAAGAAAACCAAGACAAAGAAGAUCCCCCGUUUGGAGGAAUACAUGCAACAGAGAGACUACCUUGGUGCCUUGACAUUUUUAGAGUUUCAAAGACAUAUUGGAGAGAGAGAAGAGCAUGCAGACCUCUGGAUUGGUUACUGUGCCUUUCAUUUGGGGGAUUAUAAGAGAGCAAUGGAGGAGUACAAGUCUAUGACUAUGCAGCCUGACUGUCCAGCAGAGGUGUGGGUCUAUCUAGCCUGCACUUUGUUUUUCCUGGGGCUCUAUAAAGAGGCUGAAGAGGCUGCAUCUAAGGCUUCACUUUCCCCGCUCCAGAAUCGGAUCCUGUUCCAUUUGGCUCAUAAGUUCAACGAUGAAGAGAAGCUCAUGGGUUUCCACCAAAAUUUGGAGGACGUGACGGAGGACCAGCUGAGCCUGGCAUCUAUACACUACAUGCGCUCCCACUAUCAGGAGGCUAUUGACAUUUACAAACGCAUUCUAUUGCAAAACAGAGAUUUCCUGGCCUUGAAGGUGUAUGUGGCUCUGUGUUAUUACAAGCUGGACUACUAUGAUGUGUCCCAGGAGGUGUUAGCCGUCUACCUACAGAGUAUUCCUGACUCUACCAUCGCUCUUAACCUCAAAGCCUGCAACUGCUUCAGGCUCUGCAAUGGCAAGGCAGCAGAGGCUGAGUUGAAGAACCUAAUCGACAUCUCCUCAUGCUCCUUUGAGUUUGCUAAAGAACUUAUCAGACACAACUUGGUGGUGUUUCGUGGUGGGGAGGGGGCCUUACAGGUGCUGCCUCCUCUGAUUGACGUUAUCCCAGAGGCCAGACUCAACCUGGUCAUCUACUAUCUAAGGCAAGAUGAUGUCCAGGAGGCGUUUAACCUUAUCAAAGAGUUGGUGCCGACCACACCACAGGAGUAUAUUUUGAAAGGAGUGGUAAACGCUGCGUUGGGACAAGAAAUUGGAUCAAUGGAUCAUCUGAAAAUUGCUCAACAAUUCUUUCAGUUGGUCGGUGGCUCGGCAAGUGAAUGCGAUACAAUCCCUGGCAGGCAGUGUAUGGCCUCAUGCUUUUUCCUAUUGAGACAGUUUGAAGAUGUUCUCAUAUAUCUCAACUCUGUCAAGAGUUAUUUCUACAAUGAUGAUAUGUUCAACUUUAACUAUGGCCAGGCUAAAGCUGCUCUUGGCAAUUACAAAGAAGCAGAGGAGGUUUUUCUACUGAUUCAGAGUGAAAGGAUCAAGAGUGACUAUGUUUACCUGAGCUGGCUUGCACGCUGCUACAUAAUGAACCAGAAGGGUCGACUAGCCUGGGAACUCUAUCUGAAGAUGGGUGCUUCCUCCGAUUCUUUCAGUUUGCUACAGCUCAUCGCCAAUGACUGCUACAAGAUGGGCCAGUUCUAUUAUGCCGCCAAAGCGUUUGACACACUGGAAAAACUGGAUCCAGUUUCAAACUACUGGGAGGGCAAGAGAGGAGCUUGUGUCGGCAUUUUCCAGCUCAUACUGGCAGGCAGGGAGUCCAGGGAGACACUAAAAGAAGUGGUGCCCCUGCUGCGAAAUUCAGGAAACCCCCAAGUUGAGUACAUCAUCAGGACUCUGAGGAAGUGGGCCAAAGACAACAGAGUUGCACUCUCAUAACAACUUUUGGCUUUGAACUUCGGCUUAUUACAUUGCAAAAAACAUUAGCCAAAAUACACAAAAUAAAGAAUUUGAAGAGAAAACGGCUUAAUACU